AUGAAAUAUCUUCAACUCGCGGCGGCAGUCGUCGUUCUAAGCCCACACGCAGUUGCGCAACAGGGCGCAUGGGCUCAAUGUGGUGGAAUUGGGCACACUGGCGGAACAACCUGCAUCACCGGCUAUUACUGUCGCUACACAAACGACUGGUACUCACAAUGCGUUCCCGGAAGUCCUCACCUGACGUCCUCCCCGGCACCGCAGCCCCCCUCGACCACCCUGCAGACCUCGACUACCUCGGCGGGUAGCCCCGUCACCAGUACCUCCACUGCGCCGGGGGGAGGUGGAACUGCUUGCCCCGCUCUGCCUAACGGGCUCGGCGCAUCCACUUCGGUGUUGCCGGACCCCUUUACUUUCCAGGACGGAAGCAAGGUCACGACCAAAGCCGACUGGAGCUGCCGACAGGCCGAGAUAAGUUCACAGCUUCAGCGCUUGGAGCUUGGGACGUUGCCCCCCAAGCCGCAAUCCGUGACCGCAUCCUACUCGGGAAACAAGCUCACCAUUAACGUCUCGGACGGUGGAAAGUCCAUCUCUUUCGCCGUAACCAUCUCCAAGCCGAGUGGAAAUAGCGUCCCUGCCAUCAUCGCCUACGGCGCCGCGAGCAUUCCCGUUCCCUCCACCGUCGGUACAAUCACUUUCAACAAUGACGAGAUCGCCCAGCAGCAAGGCGGCUCAUCUCGCGGCAAGGGCAAGUUCUACGACCUCUACGGCAGCGGACACAGUGCGGGCGCCUUGAUGGCUUGGUCGUGGGCCGUCUCCCGAAUCAUCGAUGCCCUUGAGCUCACCCCAUCCGUCGGAAUCGAUCCCACGCGUUUGGGAGUGACCGGCUGCUCCCGCAACGGCAAGGGAGCCUUCGUCGCCGGCGCCUUUGACUCCCGCAUCGCGCUUACCUUGCCCCAGGAGUCUGGUGCCGGCGGUGCGGGAUGCUGGCGCAUCGCCGACUGGCAGAACCGCAACGGAUUCACAGUCCAAGACGCCAAACAGAUCGUUACGGAGAACCCGUGGUUCAGCCCCAGCUUCAAACAGUACACGAGCAAUGUCAAUCAGUUGCCAUUUGACCACCACAUGCUGGCUGGUCUAAUUGCACCCAGACCGGUGUACAUCAUGGAGAACCCCGACUACGAGUGGUUGGGAACGAUGAGCACGUAUGGCUGCAUGGGAGGGGCUAGGAAGAAGUGGCAGGCCCUGGGGUCUCUUGACACCUUCGGAUACAGCCAGAUUGGGAACCACGCGCACUGCAGCUUCCCGAGCUCCCAGCAGAGCGAGUUGACAGCAUUCAUCAACAAGUUCCUCUUGAAGCAGUCUGGCGGCUCGACAAGUGUCUACCGGACCGAUCAAACAUACAAUAACUUCAAUGUUGACAGUUGGUCGCCCUGGGCGGUGCCGGCCCUGUCUUAA